CGGACGUUCUUGUGUUUGUCCUUUACACGCUGCCGUCGUUACGUAAUCAAAGGUUAAACAAGACUAGCUUUUAGCAAGCUAACAGCUUACGUCAAUCUCACAAAAUUCAGGUACACCGUAAACAAGAGAAGCCCAACAGGAUGACCAGUGUGCUCUGCAGCAGAGCUCGGCUGGUGUCAUACCUGCCAGGGCUUCACGUUCUAGUUCAUCGUGUCGUUGGAGCCAGGACCUUCUCCGGGGCCCCAGGCUCAGACGAGCCACACUUUCACAGCAGUACCCCUGACACUGCACAAAGGACAGUGUGGCCAGAUGAGACCAUGGGCCCGUUCGGACCUCAGGAUAAGCGUUUCCAGUUGCCGGGUAACAUGGGUUUCGACUGUCAUUUGGAGGGUCCAGCGGAGCAGAGGACCUCACCGAUCCGCAGCUCCAUGCCAGACGUGCUCACUGCUCAGUCCAGCAGCGAAAGACACAACUUCAUCCUGGCCCAUUUCAUCCACGAGCUUCAUGAAAGUGACAAAGCAUCCACAGAACAGAACUUGGAUAAAGAAGAGCACUUUUUUGAUCAUUCCAGUGUGGAGUGUGCCAUUCAGUCCUGCCCAGAAUUGUUAAAGAAAGAUUUUGAGUCCAUGUUCCCCGAGGCCCCGUCAACCGGCAUGAUGGUGGUCACAGUGACUCAGAAAACACAGAACGACAUGACGGCCUGGACUGAGCAAGUGGACCAGGAGAGAGAAGAGCUGCUUGCUAAAUUCGUUGAAGGUGCAAAGGAGAUAUGCCAUGCUCUCCGAACGGAAGGAUUCUGGGCUGAUUUCAUAGACCCAUCGUCUGGACUUGAGUUCUUCGGUUCAUACACGAACAACACGCUCUUUGAAACGGAUGAAAGGUAUCGUCAUUUAGGUUUUCAGAUCGAGGACCUGGGCUGUUGUAAAGUGAUUCGGCACGUCAUGUGGGGGGCGCAUGUUUUUGUGGGCACGCUUUUCACAACGGCGCCAUCCGACAGCCAGAUCAUGAAGAAGCUACAAGGGAACUAAAGCGAAUUAGUUAAAGAUGCUGAGUCGGCUUGGGAACACUAUUAAUAUCAAAACCAAACCUCACUUUUGAGAUGACUAGCACAAUCAGAACACGCUUAUAUCCCAUAAUGCACUUAGUGAAGUUGCCCAAUGGCUGCUGCUGGAAAUGUGGAUUUAUUUUUGUACAUCAGAAAACACUUUUGGCGUGACUUUAAUUUUCUUUUCCUGUACGAUGCCUUUCUUCUACUACAGACCUCAAAGCAACUAAAAUGUGACUGUUGCUCUAUUCAAAUGUGUAUUUGGUCAUUUUUUUGUCCGUGUGUUAUAAUUAAAAAGUGUUAGUAGUGAUUAAAAGCUUAUAAGUUUAAUUUGUAGGAUUGUCAGAUAUCUCCAUAGCUUUAUGAUAGGCACAAUAAAUAAUUAAGGAGUCUCACUGGCUGUAAUGUUGGUUUAUUGUUCGUGUGAACAGUUUGGACCUGAUGACCUUCACGUAAAACCAUCCAUUAAUCUGAAUGCUUGAGCUAGCAUUGUGUAAGGCCUUUAUCACUCAGUAGUGACUUUCUUUUCAAGUGAGUAGACUUGGCACAUUAAAGCAGAGUUAGUAUAACUGACAUUUUAUUAAUACUCUUGUGCAUGAAGUAGACGCUUACUGUUUCUUCAAUAUCAGGUGCUUGGAGUGUGGACUACUGAUAAAUUAAUUGUACUGCAAAAACACAUUAUUUCUGUUAUUCAUUAUAUAACUAAUGUUAAAACGUACGAGUAUCAGUAACUGUCUGGUUUUAGUCUUUAACCUGUACGGUGGAUGUUUUUUGGCAUUAUUAGCCUGAAGCGAUCAAAGCCGACAGCUGCCGUUGUCAAUGUCUCACGGGGGUCUUUAGAAUUCAUUCAGACGCACAGCAGAUGGACUAUAAUCAUUCUUCUUUAAACUCUGACACUAUCAUUAUUGCAGACAGUUCUUCACUCUCCAUUAGUACGUGCCCGUCAGUGAGUUGUGCUUUUCAAUCAAAUGGCCCUUACGGCUGAUCUCUCCUUGACGGAAAGUCACAAAACAAAAACCGUAAAGGUUCAUUUAUUUAAAUCCUUUGCAUUAUGUUAGAUGAAAUAGCUUCUCGGUCGUUCGUAAAAGCACAUUAAAUCCAUAUAUACUGUCUCUUCCUGCAGUAACCGGCAUCUGAUCUCGUUUAAGACAUUAAUGCGGUUGAUCAAAGGGCAGUGUGUGGAUGGUGACGUGUUUUAGAGACAGCAGUCAUCACCCCGUGCCUGUCUGAUUGACACGGCUAUCAAUUAGAUGUAAUUGUCCUGCUAAAACUUGCUUCCUUCUCUGUGUUUGUCGGUUAAGUUUACUAUUUAACUGUUUCACUGAACUCGAACCGUCAGGCCAAGCAACUAAUUAACAACAUGAUUACUAUGUCAGCUUGUCUUUUUAUCAUUCUGAAAGAACGGUGUUUAAAUUUAUAAAUAAACUUUGUGUUGUGAGGAGGA